CACAAUUAUCCUCAUGAAUCUUCUCAUCUGUGGUGAGAUCACAAUGUAACAGCCAUACUGUCCCUUACAUGGUCAUUCAGAUAAGACGGGUCAUUACAAAGUCUAAAGAGGAGGGCAUUAAAUUACACUUUAACAAGAACAAAUUUGUCUUUGUUUAUCAAUAAGUUAGUCAAGAAAGAUAUACUGAAAUGUGCUCAUGUGCUUUCCUCUACGUCUAUUUAAAGUGAGUUUUGAUGUCGGGAUUUUUAGCUAUGGAAAAUCUCGUAUCUAUGUUCACCCGAGGUUUGCAGUAACUUCUGACUUCUCAUGCACCUUCCACCUUCUCUGUCCUCUUUAUCUGCAACAAAGCUCUUUGGCUGCGCUGCUGCUGCACAAGUAAAAACCAGCAACGAGACUAAAGGCCAGUUUCUAUCUGGCAACAUGGCCUUCUCUGUGGGUGUUAUGUCAGCCAUGUAUCUCACCAAGGGCAUCUCAGGUGCCCAUCUGAACCCAGCAGUGACCCUGAGUUUCUGUGUUUUGGGGAAGGUGUCCUGGUCAAGGCUUGUGCCCUAUUCCCUCUCCCAGGUGGUGGGGGCUUUUGUGGCGUCGGGGGUUGUCUAUCUCGUCUACUAUGAUGCUAUAAUGACUUUUAGUGGAGGAGUGUUGACUGUAUACGGCAGGAAUGAGACUGCCUCGAUAUUUGCCACAUACCCCUCUGACUACCUUUCUGUGGGCAGAAGUUUCUUUGACCAAGUAGUGGGCACCGGCAUGUUGCUUUUGUGUAUCCUGGGUUUGGAGGAAAAGAGGAACACCCCGGCUCCCUCUGAGCUGGUUCCUGUUGUAGUGGCAGCCGUCGUUCUGGGGAUCUCCAUUUCAAUGUCGGCUAACUGUGGUGCUGCCAUAAAUCCUGCUCGGGACCUGGGGCCUCGCCUCUUUACCCUAGCUGCAGGCUGGGGGACUGAGGUCUUCACGUGUUACAACUACUGGUUCUGGGUACCACUGGUGGCUCCGCUUGUUGGAGGCAUUUUCGGUAGUUUGAUGUAUCUCAUCUUUAUCGACUGGCAGCUGCCUGACCCAGACCAACUUGAGAGGAUUUCCACCAUCAGUGAAAAACUUGCAAAAAAUCAGCCAGUCACCACAUUGGAAAAAGGAGAUGAGUUAAAGGCUACAGUCAACUCUGUAGUCUCCCCUGUAUCCUCCUCAGUCUCACCCACCUCCCUUCUUUCCCUUGGCAGACAGUCCCAUGGGCCAGAGCAGAAGGACGCCAGCAGAGUGGAGAUGUUCAGAAAGAGGCCUCCCCCAGGUCAGUACAUUAAUCACAUCUGCAGUUAA